UUCCCCUGACCGUUUUUAACACGAGUGACGCCGGGGAAAAACAUCUGAAAUGUACUAAAAUGAUAUUUACGACGACAAUAGCUACAGGACGUGUAUUUACCUGGAGAGAGUUCCGGGGGUCAACGCCCCCGCGGCCCGGUCUGUGACCAGGCCUCCUGGUGGAUCAGAGCCUGAUCAACCAGGCUGUUGCUGCUGGCUGCACGCAAACCAACGUACGAGCCACAGCCCGGCUGAUCAGCGUAUAUAUAAGUUUAUUUGGGUACAGAAACACACAAGUACAGUUACACAUAUUUAGGUACAGGUACACGUAAGGACAAUUAUCAUACUUAGUGUAAAUUAUCUAUGAUAACCCAAAAUCAGCUGAAAAAUAGCAUAAAAGUCUAGUGGUGAGAAGUUUACAUGAACCUUCAUGAUCCUAGUGUAGUCAAUAGGCUUUAAGUCACAUGAACCAGUCACAAUCAACAGCUCCGGACUGAUUAAAUGUGCGUAGUUAUUAUGAACGAGUCUAGAUGUAUUUGUGAAUGGACUGAGAGUUGCCUGCUCCAUUCAUCAUGUAAAAAUGAGGAUACAUGAUGAUCUACGAGUGUAUCGUCAAGCAUAGAGAAGGUCACGUCUUCCUGUCAGAAAAAUUAACUCCCCAGCUGGAGACAUUGACACAGUCAUCAGUGAAGGGUAACCUGGUGACCAUCAUGGCGCUGACGAGGAGUGUCAAGCUGAGAGUUCACGCCACCACCGCCUUCGUCAUCAGUCUAUGUGCCUCCGACCUUCUUUUCUGCUCUAUCAACCUGCCUCUCACUGCCUCUAGAUACAUCCACGAAUCAUGGGUGUUGGGUGAGACGCUCUGUCGUAUUUUCCCGUUCUUUUUCUACGGCAACGUGGCCGCCUCGCUCCUCAACAUGGUCGCCAUCACUAUCAACAGGUAUAUACUGAUUGCUCAUCACGGCCUCUAUGAUCGCAUCUACCGCAGCCACUACAUCUACCUAAUGAUUGCUGUGGUCUGGCUCUUCUCAUUUGGGAUGAUGAUGCCUCCGCUGUUUGGUGUGUGGGGUCGCCUGGGGCUCGAUCCACCGUCCUUUUCCUGCACUAUCCUAAAAAAUGAAGGUUCUUCACCUAAGAAGUUCCUCUUCCUCUUCGGCUUUCUCCUGCCCAUGGUGGCUAUCGUCAUUUGCUACUCCGCCAUCUACUACAAGGUGCGGAAGUCACGGCGCAACUUGCUAGCACACAUCAACAAGAGUGCAACACCCUCCACCUGCAAUGUGCACAUCACCCGCAAGGAGGAUCUCCGCCUCACUAAGAUGAUGCUCACCAUCUUUCUCUGCUUCCUGAUCUCCUUCCUACCCCUCAUGAUUGUCAAUGUUGCUGAUGAUGAUGUACUAGUGCCGUCGCUCCAUGUGUUGGCAUCUGUGCUGGCCUGGGCCUCUGCUGUUGUCAAUCCCUUUGUCUAUGCAGUCACAAACAGACAGUAUCGUUCUGCCUAUCGGAAGUUAUUUUGUUGUCUUCGGAGUAAGCCAGGCCGAGCAUCAAACUCCCACUCAAAGAGCAACUCCUCUCGAACCUUUGUCACCGAAUUCCAAUACCAUGCUUCAACUGGGCAGGUCACCAGCCCGGUCCUUGCUAACCCUGCACCCGAUGCCUGAGCCCAGGUCACCACUUUCCUUCUCCACCACCUCCUUCGUAGAGCCUCACCCUGAGUCGCCUCUUCUCAUAUCCACUACCCAGCCUCAUCCUGCAUCACCUCUCCUCACCACCUCCCACCCUCACCCUAGUUCAACAACUUCCUCCCUGCUGCCUCUGCCAAAGUCACCAGUCUCUUCUUCAUACACCAGGAACUUGAGUCUGGAAAGACCAAUCUCCUUUCCUGUUACCACCCUGAUACUUGAGGUGAGCUCUUCUUCUGCCUCCUCCUCCUGUAGUACUUCCAGGGCCUCAACCCCCAUCCUUCCCCCAGAACAUAGAUUGUCAGCUUCACUCUUUAUAACAUUUGCAAAGAUUGAAAUCACACCGAGAAAUUCAUCCUACUUAGACUCCCACCACUUGAGUGACUCUCGAUCUCCAACCCCACCCCCUAUUCCCCAUGAUCUGAAAACUCCACCACAUCGCUGACUUGCUCGAGUACCACCACCAUUUCUGAAUCCUACCCCCAUUAUCUGGAAUCUGAUCUAUACCUAUGACCUGUAUUCACCACUAACCUUUUCCCAAUGGUGUUAUGUUGGUUUCCAAAACUUGUAUCCAGUUUUGGAAACUUGGUAGAGAAUUCCAGAUUGUUUUCGACUUUGUACAAAGAUAGCAAGGAAAAAUGUUGCCAAGGGUGGGUUUAGAGCGGUGUUUCUCAGCCAGUUUGCCAAACGACCACCAACUGGUCACCCCUCUUAGUUUCAGAUAAACAAAUACCUGCUGUAAGUACCCACUCAGUUUUAUAUUUAAUUAUAUUUGGUGUAUACACUAAACCCAUAUACAGUGGACCCCCACUUUAUGAUCAGCUCCCAAUGCGACCAAUUAUGUAAGUGUAUGUUUGGGGUCUGAAAUGGACUAAUCUAAUUUACAAUAUUCCUUAUGGGAACAAAUUCGUUCAGUAAUGGCACCUGAACAUACUUCUGGAAUGAAAUAUCGUAAGGCGGGGGUCCACUGUAUUUGAAGUUAUGUAAAAGUACCUAUAGCUAGAAAAUGACAGUGUAGGUAAUUCUUUGAAAAUUACUCCAUGAUAGCCACUAAAGUUUUCUAUUUAAUAAGUGGAGAAAGAAUCUCGAGAAAUAACACAUUUUGAUUUUUAUUAUUAAUUAGGUUUAUACUAAACAAUUAGUGAGUCACUAAUAGUAAUAAAUCUCAAACCAAUUUAUCUGUCUUAUGAUCUUAAUAUUUAACAAUAUUAUGAUUAUUAUUGACGUGGGUUUCAGAGAGGACCCUGAUGCCACUUUACUUUUAAACUGUUCCUUAAUUAACAUUAUUUUGUACAUCCUGAUCUACAUCUAAAAAUUAUUACAUCUUCUAGUGCUUUAGUGAGAAUGUACAAAGCCGCCUAGUGCGUAUUAGUCAUAAGUUUACAGUAUUGUAUAGUUAAAUAACGUAUUAAACUUUGUUGAAACAACAAAUACUGUCUUCCAUUUCCCAGGGAAGUUACACUGCAGAAAUAUUGUGUUCUCAGUGUAGCAAAAUACACUGUAGGACCACUAAGUGGUUCUCAGAAUAACGGUACAAUAUACGUACUGCAGAACAUGUGUAUCAGUACCAAUGUAUGGUGGUGAUGUGUACUGUACAGUGAUAAAUUGCAAAAACCACUGGUAGGGUCUCGUUGUAAUACAGGCAAAGUUAUGUCACAUUUAGUUUAGUUUGUCUUCAGUAGAGGGGGGAAAACAAACUGUCCCAAUUAAGUAUAAGUAACUAUCAUAGUAUUUUUUCAGAUAAUCUAGAUGUAAGCAAAUAAUAUAUUUAUUUUUUGACAUGCUUAAUGGCUAGAUGUAAGUAAAGUUGUUACCCUUUGUAUGACAAAGCAUUGCUGUGGAUACUGAAGAAUGAUCAAUAUCUCAGUGUACACUUGUGUAAAUGACUUGCAAAGGCUGGCCUCCACCUGAUGGUAACCAAUCGCCUUGAUCCUGUGAUGCUUCACUGAUAAAACAGUACAGUGCACUUUAUUCACAGCAAUUAUACACAGGGCAUCUAGUAAAUGUGUAAAUACAUAGCUUUUAUGUUUCAGUGUAGGCCAGUAUAAUGUUAAUUAUCAAAAGAGGAUUUUUACGUAAGUGAAAUUCUGGUAAUAUACAUUGUCACAAAGUUGCUGCAGGUACCCUUGAGCAGUGUUACUGCUAGGAAAUAACUUGUCCAAUGACCCCAUGUUCAUGUCAGACAGAUGUUUCCUCUGGCUUUUGAGUUAUGUCCACAGCAUCAAAACUGAAGGGUGAUCUUGGCUCCCAUGAGAUGCGUGUCCAUGACACCAACACAGAAGUCUUCAUUCCCAUGAGAUGUCCACGGUGGUGACAAGUAACAGUAAGCUCGACUACACUGCUCAUUCACUGUCUGGAGUUCUACCUCAGUGUCUUGGGUUUAUGGUAACACUAAGAGAACAGUGUAAUGCUUCAGACAUCUCAAUACCUGCCUGUUGGUAAAUGUAAUGUGACAGCUAAUUGAUACGAUGUAAAUAUACUUAAUAAAAUGUAGCAUUUCUUGUAUAUAUUUGGA